UUGUGAUUUCAGGGUCUGAGCACAUCUGGAAGUGAGGUCAAUCAAUUUAGACUCCAAAAACUUUUGUGGCAACAGUGGAGAGGGGAAAAUAAACACUCCAUGAAUAUGAACCUCAACCCCUCGACAUCUGCUCUUCGGAUUGAGGGCAAAGGCAGCCAUAUUACGGCUAGAAAUGUAAGCUGCUUUCUAGUCAGGCACACACCUCAUCCCAGAAGAGUCUGUCACAUCAAAGGCUUGAAUAACAUUCCCGUCUGUACUGUGAAUGAUGAUGAGAAUGAAUUUGGAACAUUUUGGGGAGGUGGCCAGUCCAACCACUUAGAGAAGAACAGGAUACCAUUUUCCAAGUGCAGUUACCCUCCCAGCACUGCAGGCCAGGAGAGCCCUGUAAGAGGAGUGUCGCCAGCCCCAAACAGUGCCAAAGUGCCCCCACGGCCUCAUUCUGAGCCCAGUAGAAAAAUUAAAGAGUGCUUCAAAACUUCCAGUGAGAAUCCUUUAGUAAUUAAAAAGGAAGAAAUUAAGGCCAAACAGCCACCAUCACCUCCAAAAGCAUGCUCUACUCCUGGCUCCUGUUCUUCAGGGAUAACGAGUACCAAGAAUGAUGUGAAAGCAAACACCAUUUGCAUACCAAACUAUCUGGAUCAGGAAAUAAAAAUCCUGGCAAAGCUCUGUGACAUUUUACAAACUGAUUCACUGGCAGAAGUUUUACAGUGGCUACUUCAUGCAAGUUCAAAAGAAAAAGAGUGGGUCUCAGCUUUGAUUCAUUCUGAGCUUGCUGAGAUAAACCUGUUGACUCAUCACAGAAGAAACACCUCAAUGGAACCAGCAGCAGAGACUGGGAAACCACCCACAGUUAAAUCACCACCCACAGUUAAAUCGCCUCCAAAUUUACCCGCAAAAUCAAAAGUGCUGACCAGAGAUACAGAAGAGCAUCAACCAACCAGAGUGUCAAGUCAAGGAUCUGAAGAAAACAAGGAAGUACCAAAAGAGACUGAGCACAAGCCUCCAUUGUUUAUAAGAAGAAAUAAUAUCAAAAUACCUGUUGCAGAAUAUUUCAGCAAACCAAAGUCUCCUCCCAGGCCUAACACUCAGGAGAGUGGAUCAGCAAAACCAGCGUCAGCAAGGACUAUACAAGAAUACAACCUCUGUCCCCAAAGAGCAAUUUAUCCUUCAACAUAUCGAAGGUAGAAGUUCUAGACUAAGUGAAUUCUUUCAUGAAUAUGAACUUCACAUUUACAUCACUGAAUUAUUUUUCAAAUAAAUAGUUUUGGUACUGAGGAAUCAAGUGGUCCUCUUUAUGGUGGCACAUGUAAAUCUAAAAACAUCUGUAUAUAAUGCUACAAAUAAAUAUUACUGGAGAUGA